AUGGCAACAAACAACCAACCAGAAAGACGAAACUCCAACACCCAACUAUUGCAGGAGCUCGAAGCUCUCAGCCAGACACUAAACAACACCAACACUUCAUCUAUUCCAACCACCAAGAAUCGAAGAACCAACUCUCUUGUUCUUUCUCGAACCUCCAUCCCUCCGAUUCUAAACACCGGGAAAAACGAUCGUGCUGAUGAUGAUGAUCAUGACAACGGGAUCAAACUUAAUCCAAAGCCACGAUCACGGAGAAUGUCCUUAUCUCCAUGGAAGUCUCGUCCGAGUGAAGAAAUCAGUCAAAAAGACCCUGUAGUUACUAAGAAUCUAUUUCAAGACAGUAAACACGAUUCUUCAUCAUCGGAGAAGAAAUCCGGACUAUGGAACUGGAAGCCAAUUCGGGUUCUUUCUCAUAUUGGGAAACAGAAGAUCAGCUGCUUAUUAUCAGUUGAAGUCGUGACUAUUCAAGGUCUGCCGGCAUCAAUGAACGGGCUCCGGUUGUCUGUUUCUGUGAGGAAGAAAGAAACAAAAGACGGCGCAGUUCAAACAAUGCCUUCAAGGGUGUCUCAAGGAGCUGCUGACUUCGAAGAGACUUUGUUUCUCAGGUGCCACGUGUACAGCGUUCCUGCAGGAAGUGGAAAUGCCAAGGCCAAAUUCGAGCCUCGCCCUUUUGUAAUCCAUGCUUUUGCAGUUGAUGCAGAGGAGCUUGAUUUUGGAAGGCAUACUGUUGACUUGAGCCAAUUGAUCCUGGAAUCUGUAGAAAAGAAUAUCGAAGGAACAAGGAUUCGGCAAUGGGAUAUGAGCUUUAAUCUGUCUGGAAAAGCGAAAGGAGGUGAAUUAGUCAUGAAACUUGGGUUUCAGAUUAUGGAGAAAGAAGGAGGAGCUAAUAUUUAUAAUCAAGUCGAAGGACAAAAAUCGGGUAAAUCCAAACUUUUCUCUCCUUCAAUGGGGCGUAAACAGUCUAAAUCAUCUUUCAGUAUUGCUAGUCCAAGAAUGCAAAAUCGAGCCGACACAUAUGCACCUUCUCAGGAAGGAAGAGGAAACGACUUUCAAGGAAUCGACGACCUGAAUCUUGACGAACCACCUCAGGAACCGGCGGUUCCAGUGGUGGAGGUGUCACCACCACCUCCACCUGAGGAGCCAGAACCGAAGAUGGAGGAUCUCGACCUUCCAGAUUUUGAAGUUGUAGACAAGGGCGUUGAGGUGUUAGAUAAAGAAGGGACAGAGGGGACACAAUCGGAGGAUAAUUCCGACAAAAGAUCGGUUUCAAGUGAAGUCGUGAAGGAAAUCGUGCAAGAUCAAGCUCAUCUAAAUCGGUUAUCAGAACUUGAUUUAAUCGCACAGCAGAUUAAAGCUCUUGAAUCGAUGAUGAAGGAGGAGAAGAGCGAUGAACAAUAUGAUGAAGAAACAGAGUCACAAAGACUAGAUGAAGACGAAGAUAAAGUGACCCGAGAGUUUUUCCAAAUGCUUGAGAACGAAGAUGGAAAAGAAGCUUUGUAUGAACAGGAUGCAAACACUAAUUCAAGUUUUGAUGGUGAAGACGAGAAGGUUUUCAUACCCAAUUUGGGAAAGGGAUUAGGUUGUGUGAUUCAAACAAGAAAUGGCGGGUACUUGGUAUCCAUGAAUCCUCUUGACAAUCUGAUGGGAAAGAAAGACACUCCAAAGCUAGCAAUGCAGAUAUCAAGACCGAUGGUUUUAGAUUCAAAAUUAACUGGAACUGAAAUGUUUCAAGAAAUGGCAGCCAUGGGUUUCGAAGAACUAAGCUCAGAGAUCUUACAAUUGAUGCCGAUAGAGGAAGUUGAAGGUAAAACAGCGGAACAGAUUGCAUUCGAAGGGAUUGCUUCAGCAAUCAUAAGUGGGAGGAACAAAGAAGGAGCAACUUCCAGUGCUGCACGUGCCAUAAGUACAGUUAAAUCCAUGGCUACCGGUAUGACAACAGGAAGAAAAGAAAGGAUUUCAUCUGGGAUUUGGAAUAUGAACGAAAACCCUUUAACCGGAGACGAGAUUCUCGCGUUUUCCUUACAGAAAAUGGAAGAAAUGGCAGUUGAAGCAUUGAAAGUUCAAGCAGAUAUAACCGAAGGAAAUGCAAACGCACCGUUUGAUAUUUCUCCGAAUAGUAAAGAUAAUAGUAGUCCGUUCGAGAACGCGAUUCCCCUAGAAGAUUGGAUGAAAGAUAACAACAUUGUGACUUCCUGUAAUGAAGAAGAAACCAUAACCAUAUCGGUUGUGAUUCAAAUGCGGGAUCCUUUAAGACAAUAUGAAGCGGUUGGGGGCCCACUUAUCGCAUUGAUUCAUGCCAUAGCUUUUGAAGAUGAACCGGUUCAAGAAACUCAAGAAAAGAAGUUUAAAGUUGUGGGUUUGAAUGUUGGUGGUUUGAAACUUAGAAGUGGAGGGAAAAAGAAUGACUGGGAUACACAGAAGCAGAGGCUAACGGCGAUCCAAUGGUUGGUAGCUUACGGGCUUGGAAAGGCGGGGAAGAAAGGGAAGCGUGUGAUGGUAAAAGGACCGGAUGUGUUGUGGAGUAUAUCUUCGCGCGUGAUGGCAGAUAUGUGGCUUAAAUCGAUAAGGAAUCCGGAUGUGAAGUUCACAACAUAA